AUGCGUCUCUUUGCUCUCGCCGCAGUGAUUUGCUUUAUAUACUGGUUCAAGAGGUGGGUUGACAAAAAGUCGCAUCCCGUCCAAUCUGCCAAACAGGACCAGGACACUCAGCAGGACAGCAGCUUCAAGCGAUUUUCGCCAUUCAGGAAUAAGAGAAGUGAGUUAUCCCCCAAGGCCUUUCAGAUUGUACAAUUCUAA